UAGUCCAAAUACACCUUCUUCAAAGUAGUUGAAGCACUGUACUAGUAAAUACUUUAUCACAGGUCCAGAUGGUAUAAAAACUAACUUCAAGCUCUGCUAAUUGGAUGAUUUGCUCAGAGUCAAGAUGAGGGAGGGAGUCAAGAAACAGAGAGCAAACCUACUCCCACAUCACCAUUGCUUUCUUCACUUCUCAGCAAGUCACCUAUCACCAAUGUGCCAAUCACCAGUGUGCCAGGCUCAUCUUCAUCCCCAUUAAAUCUGAUUGGACUGGGAAGUAGAGGGAUACGAGGUAUGGGAAUUUCUCCAGUCUCUGAAGCUCUGCAAAAUCUAGUGUCAUCUGCUAUAUCUGGAACUGACAGUGUUGACAAAGACAAAUCAAGUCAUAUCUCACCUGCAUCAGGAUCAUCGACAUUGUCCCUUCUUUUGGAUCUUCCUCCUAGUACACCUGGGGGACCUCUCCCGAGACUUAGUGAUUUACCUGGGCCUAGGUAUGAACGGAAGGACCCAGAGAAAAGGAUCAACUUAAUUAAGAAAUUUGAUAAAGAGGCAGAAAAUGAGGCUAAAGCAAAAGGGUGUGAGGAAGCAACUGCUUUGGCAAGCAAAACAACAGUGAAUACACCAGAACAAACAGUAAAGAAGGUUGGGGCAUUAAUGGAAGUGGAAGGGGAAGAUAGAGGAGGAGAAGGUGAAGAAAUUAAAGAGGAGGCACAAAUGGAAGAAGAAAAAUCAGAAGAAGCCAGAGAGGAUAUUAUGGAGGAUGUUGACAAGUUGGUGAUAGGAAAGAAUGAAAUAAACGACAUAGAGACAGAAGAUACUAAGCAAGAAAACCAACAAACCCAAAUUGUAGAGGAAAAACCUGAAGAAUCAACAUUGAAAGAGAGUAAAUCACAGGUCACACAAGAGAUAAAUGCAGGAAUUUUGAAGAAAGAUUUGAAGAAGGUUAAUGAAAAGGUAGAGAAGACUGCUGAUGCUGAAGAUGAAGCUAAGCUUGAGGACAAAAAUCAAAAGUAUGAGGACGAUGACAAAGAAAAAAACGGGAAUAAAGAUGAAGAUAUUAAGCACUUUGAAAACUCUACAUCAUUCAAGUGUGAUGACAAAGACCUCAAGGAAGAAAACCUCAGUACGUGUGACUCCGUUAGGAACGAAGAUUGUAAGAAGCCUGAGCUUGACUGCAAAAAAACCGAACAGGAGAAACAUGUUGAAAUGGGAAAUUUGGUGAUCUGCAAGGAAAAACAAGAAGAUGAAGAUGAUUUAGAUAGCAAAAGGAAGACUUCUGCUGAUGAAUCGUUAAUUAAAUUGCAAAAAAAUGAUGACACUGAACAGGAUAUUGAACUGGAAAAAAAGUUUCACAAGAAAGAUCAGGAGGAAGAGGACCACAGUGAAAAUCAAGACAGCAAAGACUGGGUGAGUGAGGAGGAAGGCAGCUUUGCAGUGAACAGGAUGCCGAUAAUCUCUGGUGGCGAGUUUGUAGGCUCCUCUUCUCCGCUUAUUUCUGAAUCUGCCCCUAAUUCUCCAGCAUCUACACAGUGCGGAGAUGACUCUGAAAAUGAACGUGCCUAUAGAUCAUGGAAGAAGCCCAUUAUGAUUUUAUGGAAUGAAAUAGCUGCACACAAAUUUGCUUCUAUAUUUUUGCGACCCAUCACUGAUGACCAGGCUCCAGGAUACCAUUCUGUUGUUUACAGGCCAAUGGAUCUUCAAAAGGUGAAGCGCAAUAUAGAAAGUGGGGUAAUACGCACUACAGCAGAAUUUCAACGUGAUGUAAUGCUCAUGUUCCUCAAUGCUAAGAUGUACAAUACUUGUGACCAUAAUGUGUAUCAGAUGGCUGAGCAGAUGAUGCGGGAUGGUGUUUCUACUAUUGAGGAAUUCCUCAACACACAAAUGCUGGCACGGGCUGAAGAAACACCUCAGAAGUCUCUCAGACGGGAAACCCGAGAGUCUUCGGCUAAGAGAAGUGAUGAGGAUUUUAAGAGAAAGAGAGAGACACUAGAGGAUAAAAGCCUUAAAAAGAGAAGACUCUAAAUCAAGAAAUGUGCCUCAGUUUUGGCAGUAUCAUACCUCCAUUAGUUUAGCAAGUGCAUAUAUUUUUUUUAAGAGUACAGAAUUUCUCCUCAUUAAGCUGACUUCAUUGUCUGCUUGUCAUACCAACUUAGGAAACUAUGUACGUAUACAGUACGUACUAUAUUUUUAAGGUGAUUCUACAUACAAGAAUAUGAACUGUCUCCAACUAUUCUUUGGUCCUUGUGUUAGAACUGAAAAUAACUAACCUGGAUAUUAAUUUUAGCAACCUCAUUAUUUUACUUUAAAUGAUAAUUGUAGAGGUAAAUGCAGUAGUAGUUUUUACUGCAAGUGUGUAAGUACUUUUGGAGUAUUUGUAAGUACCUACCUGUAGGGUAGCUGCACCUUUUUUCAACAAACCAGCUGUAUCUCACCAAGGCAGGGUGGCCCAAAAAGAAAAACAAAGUUUCUCUUUUUAACUUGAGUAAUAUAUACCGGAGAAGGGGUUACUAGCCCAUUGCUCCUAGCAUGUUGGUCACCUCUUACAACACACAUGGCUUAUGGAGGAAGAAUUUUGUUCUACUUUCCCAUGGAGAUAAGAGGAAAUAAAUAAGAACUAGUAAGAAAAUAGAAGAAAGCCCAGAGGGGUGUGUUUAUAUAUGUUUGUACAUGCAUGUGUACUGUGACAUAAGUGUAAGUAGAAGUAGCAAGACAUACCUGAAAUCUUGCAUGUUUAUGAGACAGAAAAAAAACACUAGCAAUCCUUCCAUCAUGUAAAACAAUGACAGGCUUCCAUUUUACACUCGCUUGGCAGGACAUAUAUAUAUGUAUGUGUGUGUGUCAGGGAGUUACUACCAUCCUGCCAAGUGCGUAUAAAACGGAAGCCUGUAUUUGUUUUACAUGAUGGUAGGAUUAUUGGUGUCUUUUUGUCUCAUAAACAUACAAGGCUUCAGGUAUGUCUUGCUACUUCUACUUACACUUAGGUCACACUACACAUGCAUGUACAAGCAUAUAUAUACACACACCCUCUGGGUUUUCUUCUAUUUUUCUUACUAGUUCUUGUCCUUGUUUAUUUCCUCUUAUCUCCAUGAGGAAGUGGAACAGAAUUCUUCCUCCGUAAGCCAUGUGUGUCAUAAGAGGCAACUAAAAUGUUGGGAGCAAGAAGCUAGUAGCCCCUUCUCCUGUAUAUUACUAAAGUUAAAAAGAGAAACUUUCGCUUUUCUUUUUGGGCCAUCCUUUUCAGUGGGAUACGGCCAGUUUCUUGAAAGAAGAAGAUAUAUGUGUGUGUGUGUGAGAGUGUGGGGGGUUUGUCUAGGUGUAGGGGUGUGUGUGUGUAGGGUUGUGUGUGUGUUGGGGGGGGGGAGGUGCACAUUUGCCUAAUUGUACUCGUCUGUUGGUGGUUGCAGGGGUUGAUUCUCAGAUCCUCGCCCUGCCUCUUAACUUGUCAUUCUUUAGAAUCACUUGCUCUUAGCUUUAUGGACUUUAUCAUGCUGCUCUUGAAACUGUGUAUGGAGCCUCCCUCCACCACUUCUUCGCCAAGAUCAUUCUAAUUCCAGACCACUCUGAGACUAAAGAAAUACUUCCUAACAUACCUCUGGCUUGUCUGUGCCUUUAACUUCAAAUGGUAUCCCUGAGUUCCCAUUUCUUGCCUUUCCAACAGCCUCUCUCUCUCUCUACUGUAUCAGUUUCCCUGAGUAUAUUGUAUGUUGUUAUGUUCUCCUGUAGCUCAUGCCCCUUAGCUCAGAAACAAGUCUUGUACAUUUGCACUUUCUCCAGUUUUUUAACAUGCUUCUUCAGGUGGGGGUUCCAUAUUGGGGCUGCAUACUCCAAGAUGGGCCUAAUAUAUGCUGUAUAAUGAGCCCAGAAUGACUGUUGAGGUUCCUAAUGGCUACUCUUAAAUUUGCUAAAUGAGCAUUGGUUGCAGAGGUUAUUUAACUGAUAUGUGCUUCUGGUGUUAUCUUGGGCACUAUACUCACUCCCAGUUCUUUCUGAGUGAAAUCUGCAACUUCAGUCUCUUCCCUUGUCUGUACCCCAAUGUAUGUAUGGGUGUGCAUGUGUUUUGUGUGUUGUGUCUGUUCCCAGCCUAUAAUUUGUAGAUAGAAUCUAACAUAUAAUUCCUCAAAGAGUUCAAAUAGAAAAAUUAAAUCCUCAAUUUGUGAGAAAUAUUAUGAAAAUAGAAAAUGUACAUUUGGCUAUAAAAAAAAAUUAUACAUCAUAUCAAAUUUUUUUCCCAAGAAUUGUAUUGUCAAUUCGGUACUAGGCCUCUCUGUAUUAACACUUGAUCUUCAUUUUGAAUCCAUUGUCUCACCCUACCCCUCAUUGGAGGUUCUUUGAUGCUGGUGAGGGGCUCUUGAUUUAAGGAAUUGAACCAGCACUCCAAUUCCUUGAAUCAAUUCUGAAUGCCUUCCAUUACCCCAGGUUUAGCACUUCGCCCAUAAAUGUAAUAAAAGUUAUAACAGUAAUAAUACUUUUUCCUAUUUCUCGGCUAGUAAACCAUGACCAAGAAUGCUUGGUCAUAGCUUAACCCUUUGACUGUCGCAAGCCCCUUUCUGAAACUGUCAUUCUAUGUCGCAAAAUAUUUGAAAAAAAUUAUUUUUUCUUACGAAAUGAUAGAGAAUCUUUUUCUGAUGCUAAUGACACCACAAGUACGAAAUUUGAUCGAAAACUUGUGGAAUUACGCUCCCGCAAAGUUAGCAAUCUCAGUGAUAUAUACGCAUCAGCGAUUUCGCUGACUUUGAGCCCUAUUUUCGACCAAUUCCAUUGUUUCAGUCGACCAAACUCAUAGCAAUUUCUUUAGAACUCCGUUUUUUCUAUCAAUUGAGUACAAGAAACUGCCCAUUUACUGAUGUUAACCACCCAGUAAAGUGGUCAGAAAUUGGCAAUUAGGCCAAUUUUAUGCAAAUUAAAAAAGAUGCCAAUUUCAAAAUAGGGUCCAGAAUAAACAAUGCAGACAUUCUUGGCACUAAAAUAACAUAUCCUCUGUUCAUUAGUCACGUCUCCAGGCCUCUCUUAUGUUACUUUUGCUUUCUAUUUUGAUUUUUUAUUCUCACAAAAAAUAGAAGAUUUACUGCUAUGCAGACUACUGCAUUAUUGUAAAAAUGGUAUAAAUAAUAUCAGUGCACUAGUGAAAGAAUAUUAGACUCCCCAGUUGACAUGUAUUGGACGUGUGGUGUGAUUUGUUUACUCUUGAACAUUGGUAAAAAUCAAACAUUUCCGCUACUUUGAGCUCAAUUUUAGGGUCGUUUUCGUUGUGAAACUAAUCAAAAUCACCACUAUUUCUGUAAUAUAUCAAAUGAGACCAUGGAAAUGAGAAUACAACCAUAAAUACUAUACGAAAAUACACCUCAAAGUCAGCGUUUUAAUCCAAAAACACCUUAAUUUUUUUUCUCUCAUGCACUGCGUGCUGCAGGAUUUUUUUUUAUACGGUGCACACUGACCACACAGACCCAUUCUCUCACAUGUGGGCCUACCAGCUUUCUCCUGCUUGAUUUGAAGCCACUAGAAUUAUUGAGUACAUGUAUAUAUACAUCCAAAACUGGCUCGUAAGACAUAUAUAUACUGCCAAAACAGUCAAAGGGUUAAGCCAUCUUAAUAAUUGAAAAGUAUGUAGUAGAAAACCCAUAAAGGGCCCCACCCUUUCCCCGGUAAAUCACCCUAAAUAAAACAUUUAUUGCCAGUUUUAGGUUGCUUCCGGUCUUCAACCAAUGUAGUAAAACUUAUCAGUUUCUCUAUGGCUUCCAUCCUAAUGAUCAGCACAAAGAAAUGGUGAAUAAAACUAUGAAAACCACCCUAGAAAAUGCCCUAGUGUUGCUAUUUUAACUCAGAUACAGAGUCAGAGAUUAGCUGUUCCCAUCAUGCUCUGUGAGGGGCAGGAAUUUUUCUUAUACAAUGCACACUUCAUGUGCAGACCCAUCCUUGUAUUUAGGCCAAUAUUUGCUACUCGUGGCAAUUUUAAGGGAGCUGUGAAAUAUGUAUACUAGUACAAACAGACAUUUAUCUUGUGGAUAGAUAUAUUAGUACAUCACAGACAUUGAUCUUGUGGAUAUAUUAGUACAUCACAGACAUUGUUCUUGUGGAUGUACUAGCACAUCACAGACAGCUUAUUGGUUAAAGUUUUGUAGAACAUUUCAGUGUAAACAAUUUUUGUAUAUAAAGUGGUUUAGAUUACAGUGGGGAGGUAGCAGUUGAAUAGGUUAAUAUAAGAUUCAGUUGAAAUUAAUGUUUAUGAUCAUAAUAUAUUAAAUGCAGUACAAAUGACAUUUUAAAUAGAAAUUUUAGGGAGAAUGAUAAGCAUUUAAAUAUAUUAAAAAACUGUCAGUAUGAGUUACAGUAUAUUAAAAAAAAAAAUAUGCAUGGAUUUAGGAAUAUUCACAGUACCACAGGGUAAGUUUCUAAGAAACCUGGACAACAAGUGUUUAUCAACCCAGAAAAAAUGUAAGAUACCAAAUAAAUAACUACAUUAUUUCAUUAAAUGUUUGAUGGUCAAAGUGCAGGUAUUUCAGUAAAAGGAAUAUGUUAAUCAUGAGUAAAUAUUUUUGAAAGUUUCUGAGAAAUUCUGGAUAAAACUUGUAUGAUGUAUUUUUUGAGGAUUUAAAUAUAGGACAAAAAAAAAUGGAAAAUAAUUUUUAGUAAAUACUGCAUAUUUGCAGUGGGUGACAUACUUCUCUAUUAUUAAUUUUUAAAAUUAAUAUACAGUUUACUUGUUGGACAGCAUAUGGUAGUUUAAAUUAAUUACCUCACCUUUUUAAAGGAGAGUAAGGACAAAUAGCAUUGGAAUAGUAUUAGCUAGAAUGGUAACCAUAAUGGUGGGUUUUUAUGAUGUGGGCAUGAAAUUAAAUGUGUGUCAAAACUGAAAUUGUUGACAAAUGUAAGGAACAAGGUCAUACAGAAGUGUGAAUUAGUUUUGAUAAAUGGGAAGUUGUUAAAUGUAGAAUGUAAGAGGGUAAUACAGUAUGUGUGUGAAGGUGUCAGUAUUAUAGCUGCAGCAACUUAGUUUAUUUAUUAUGUAGAUACUUAAUAAGUAUAAUAUACAAUUAUGAUGAAACAAGAAUGUCUGUGAAGUCAUGAGAAAACUAAAUAAAUAAAGUUUUGUGAAUCUAA